GACAGAGUGAGUCAAGGGAAAUCCAGGGCCGAUCUCGCUUUGGUGGGAGAGCAAGGAGGGGUUCGACAGCACAUUUCGCGUUUUUGGAGUAGAUUGGAGAUCCGGGACGGUCUACCAAUUAUUCGACACGUAUUUGCUACCUCAACGUACGAUUUGCAGUGUAUCGACGUAACAGACAUCAUGACGGUCAUUGCCGUACAAGCUAAACAAGCUUGGCAAGACGUUGUCGCCAGAAAGAGAGCCGAGCGGACAACGUUGUUGGCUCCUUUCGCCGCGGGUGCAAGCUCUGACAAGGGAACCAAUAAUGACAACGCAGGGGCUUCGGGCGAGCAACGCCAAGGCAAUGAGAGCGAUGAUGUCACGCUCAUCCAUAGCGCCAAUGAGUUGAUUGACUUGAUCGACCGUGGUGAUAGAUCCUGUGUGGCCGUUACGAAGGCCUACAUUCAAAGAGCUGUCGAAGCUCAUGACAAGACAAACUGUCUCACGGAGAUUGCAUUUGAUGAUGCGCUCAAGCACGCCGCAGAGCUCGAUGCAAACCUUGCCGAGGGAAAGAAGCUGAUGCUUCCCUUGCAUGGUAUCCCUAUGACGUUGAAGGAUCAGUUCAACUUCAAAGGACUCGAUUCUACUCUCGGCUACGUGGGCAGGUCAUUUUCGCCUGCAGCCGAUGACGCUGCACUCGUCAAGAUGCUUCGCUCUCUCGGAGCAAUCAUACUCGCGAAAUCCAAUCUGCCCCAAAGUAUCAUGUGGUGUGAGACUGAUAACCCUCUCUGGGGCUUGACAACCAACCCCCUGCAUAAGGAUUACACUCCAGGUGGCUCAACUGGCGGCGAGUCAGCACUUCUCGCUUCGAAAGCAAGCAUGGUGGGUUGGGGCACUGACAUCGGAGGAAGCAUCCGAAUCCCCUCCCAUAUGAUGGGUUUGUAUGGAUUUAAACCAAGUAGCGCUCGUUUGCCUUAUCAAGGAGUUCCAGUCUCUACUGAAGGACAAGAACACGUGCCUUCGUCUAUCGGUCCAUUGGCUCGCAGUCUCGACACGAUCCAUCUGACCAUGACUUCUCUCAUCCGCGCGAAGCCUUGGGAGUUUGACUCCCGCUGCGUUCCUAUCACUUGGAGGGAAGGCAUCUACAGGGAAGCUCUGGGUCGUCCUUUGACUAUUGGAGUCUUGUUUGACGACGCAGUUGUCCACGCACACCCGCCCAUCAAUCGCGUUCUGCGGUCGGCCGUUGAUGUCCUCCGCAAUGCUGGCCAUGAGAUUAUUGAGUGGAACGCCGACCUGCAUGAAGAUUGCAUCAGAAUCAUGGAUCAAUUCUACACGGCUGAUGGCUGUGAAGACAUUCGCAGGGACGUCAUGGCAGGAGGCGAGCCAUUCAUUCCCCACGUCCAGCGACUCAUUAAUCGUGGGGACGCAAUCUCCGUCUAUCAGUAUUGGCAACUUAACAAGAAGAAGAUUGAGUUGCAGCAAGCCUAUCUGGAGAAGUGGGACUCGAUUCGAUCCGAGAAUACCGGUAAGAAGGCAGAUAUCAUUCUGAUGCCGCCCAUGCCUCACACUUCUGUGCCGCACGGUAACAGUCGCUGGGUCGGCUACACCAAGGUGUGGAACUUCCUCGAUUAUACGGCACUGGUGAUACCGGGUGGGUCAGUGUGCAAGGAAGAUGUCGCUGCGCCCUGGGAUUUUGAGCCUUAUGGGCCAGAGGAUGAGUGGAACAAGAAGCUGUGGGAGGAUCAUGGAGAGCAGAUGGCUUCUCUGGGCCUGCCUGUCGGGUUGCAGAUAGUGGGCCGUAAGCUUGAAGAGGAGAAGGUCCUUGCUGCCGGAAAGGUAUUGGACGAUCUUCUCAAAGAGGUCGUGGGUAGAGAUUAGACUAAUCGACAUUCAUAUUUCCGCCGGAG